UUUAAUACAUAUUACAUGACUCCCAAAAUCCCCAAAGUGAUGCUUAUGGCAAGCUGACAGGUGUGUGCUGAAGUCCCGUCCUCCAUUUUGCUCGAGUGUCAUUUUGUGACUGCACUGUAUGUGUAGUUGGCAAAAUCAAAAUGGUGGCUUAAGUUAUUAAAACUGAGCAGCUUUAAUCAUUGGUUGCUGAAAUUCAAGGUUGGAGGAGCAGCGCGGAUUAACGUCCUUUAGAGCACAAAGCUUCAUAUCCAGCCUGGCCUGCUGUCACUGCCACUCUCUCUUUUUCUCUCUCUCAGUUGAUCCCUCUCAUUUCAUCUCUCUGGUGUCGUCCUCUGCUGUCUUUUGCUCGUUCUCUCUUUCCAGCCAGCUGUCCAUCGCUCAUCCUUCAUCACUCAACUGUCUUUUUUUCUGCCCCUUCUGCCCACAUUUCCUCUCUUUUUUUCUUUCUUGUUGAUUCUCCCAUCAUCUCUUUCGCCUCUGGAUCGGGCACGAUAUGAAGCGUCACCAUGGGUUUCAUGGAAUUCUACCUGGAGAUUGACCCCGUCACCCUGAACCUCAUCAUCCUGGUCGCCAGCUAUGUCAUCCUGCUCCUGGUCUUCCUCAUCUCCUGCAUCCUGUACGACUGCCGGGGCAAAGACCCCACCAAGGAGUACGCCCCUGACAACACGCCGGCGCCGCCCAGCCAGUCGCCCAUACGCCUGGUGGUCAUGCAGAACUCGCCCGCCUCUUCUCGCUACGAGCCCAACAACACGGCGAGCCACGCCGAGCUGCCGACGCCGGACCUGAGCCGGGACAGAGGAGAGAGGGAGGAUCCUAGCUAG